AUCAGGGUGAUAAUCAGGAUUAAUUUCACCUGAGUAUUUAACGCUGACAGGACGCCUUCGUGUCGAGUUUCUCCCUCAAGAUGAUCCGCUUCACAUUCACAUAAUUUCGCUUCAAUCUGAAUCAAUUGAACAGCGUUCGAGACUCGCGAUGGAAGUUACAGAAGCGGUUUCGCCGCUGAAGAGAAGCAAGAGUGAUGCAGUGAACGGACACGAAGAGACAAAAGUGCUAAAAUUCGCCAAACUGACCGAACACGCCACGACACCGAGCCGAGGAUCGAACCGAGCCGCGGGAUUCGACCUGUACAGUGCAUAUGACUACAGCAUCGGGCCGAUGGAAAAGGCUCUGGUCAAGACUGACCUCCAGAUCGCGGUUCCACACGGAUAUUACGGCAGAGUAGCUCCUCGCUCGGGUCUCGCCGUGAAGCACUUCAUCGAUGUGGGCGCUGGUGUGGUUGAUGAGGACUACAGAGGGAAUCUGGGAGUCGUGCUGUUCAACUUCAACAAAGAGCCGUUUGAAGUGAAGAAAGGAGACCGUAUCGCUCAGCUGAUCUGUGAGAGGAUCUGUUACCCGGAGCUGCAGGAGUUACAGACGUUGGAUGAGACUGAGAGAGGAGCAGGCGGCUUCGGCUCCACCGGCACCAACUGAAACUCGCUUAACUGUAUAAAAUGUAGUAAUAAAAUUCGUUAGUUUGUUUA